CUUUACCGUCGCAUGGACUGGAAAGGGGAGUGGAAUUACACUUUUUGCGACCGUGGUGUUUCAUCAUCCCGUUUAAUUAAAUGAAAGGUGAAUUGCUCUCAAAACAGUGAACUGUCUUACCAUGGUGCUGCGGAAUGUUUUUACCGUACGCAUUUUAAAGACUGCAACAUGGACCCCCACGCGUGUGUCCAGGGGCAGCGGCUUUGCACGGAGUCCGAUUCGACCUUGUGCUUCAGGCUGCAAGACGGUUUCCGACGAGCUUCAUUUCAUCACCACCCCGAUUUUCUACGUCAACGCCGCUCCCCACAUCGGACACUUGUAUUCCGCAGUCAUAGCCGACUAUUUGCACAGGUACAUGCUCAUGUGUGGUGUCACAUCCAAGUUCUCCACUGGCACUGAUGAGCAUGGGUUAAAAAUCCAGCAGGCGGCUGCCUGUGCCGGAGAGGAUCCUCUGACCUUCUGCACUGAGGUGUCGGGACAGUUCAGGCACCUCUUUGAAAAGUGUGACAUCUCUUACACGGACUUCAUCAGGACGACAGACGAGAGGCACCGCCGUGCCGUGGAGCAGUUCUGGGCUGUGCUGCAGCGGGGAGGCCACAUCUACAAGGGCACUUAUGAAGGCUGGUACUCCACACAGGAUGAGAGCUUCCUCACGCCCACCCAGGUCGGUGACAGCACCGACUGUGAUGGAACGGCCAUCAAGGUUUCACUCGAGAGCGGCCACAAGGUGGAGUGGAUGAAGGAGAAGAACUACAUGUUCCGGCUGUCGGCGUUCCGACACGCACUGCAGCGCUGGCUGGCCGAGACCCCCGGGGCCAUCCAGCCAGAACGCUUCCGGCACACCGUCCUCCAGUGGCUGCAGGACGAGCUACCUGAUCUGUCUGUGUCACGUCAGCGGGGGCGCCUGCAGUGGGGUGUGCCGGUGCCUGGGGACCCCGAGCAGACGGUUUACGUCUGGCUUGAUGCCUUGGUGAACUACCUGACGGCGGCUGGCUUCCCGGAGCAGCAGCCUCGCUGGUGGGCCGCGGCUCGUCACGUUAUCGGCAAAGACAUCCUGAAGUUCCACGCCAUCUACUGGCCGGCUUUUCUGCUAGCGGCCGGGCUGCCCCUCCCCCGGGCGAUCCUAGUGCACUCCCACUGGACCGUGGAGGGACAGAAGAUGUCUAAGAGCCGCGGGAACGUGGUGAAGCCCCUGGAGGCAUCCAGGCUUCUCACGACGGAUGGCCUGCGCUACUUCCUUCUCCGCCAGGGCGUGCCGGACUCCGACUGUGACUUUUACGAGGAUAAAGCCGUGAAGCUGCUAAAUAGCGAGCUUGCUGACACCCUCGGGGGGCUCCUGAACCGCUGCACGGCCCUCUCACUCAACCCCGAGCAGGUGUACCCCCGCUUCUGUGCCACAUCUUUCCCGAGGGAGGGGGCGGCUGGCGUGGGGGGAAGGACGGUGCCUGAGGACUACGCCAUGCUGGAGUCGGUGGAGGCGCUGCCCGGCCUGGUGGCCCAGCACUACGAAUCGCUGCAGGCCUACAAGGCCUUGGAGGGGGUGGCGGCAUGUGUGCGGCACACGAACGGUUUUAUCCAGCGGCACACACCGUGGAAGCUGGACCGUGGCUCCCCCGGCGACCGCUGCUGGCUGGACACCAUCCUGCACGUCUCCUUGGAGAGCCUCCGGAUCUACGGCAUCCUCCUGCAGCCUGCGGUGCCCCUGCUGGCGGACAAGCUCCUGUCACGUUUGGGGGUGAGUCCUGAGGAGCGGGCCUGGGGGAACCUCUGCUUCUUGGCCCGGCAUCGGGGAGACGCCUGCCCCUUUGAGGGCAGGGCCCUGGGCCCCGACACGGGGCUGUUCUUCCCCCGGCUGGACAGACCGAAGGCCAGCAAGAGUGACUCCAAAAGCAGGUAGAAAACAGCCCCAUCUAAGCAACAAUAAAGGAAGGUUUGAAGUGGUUGGGUUAUUUUUUUCCUUUUUCUCUGACUUAAUCCCUUUUUGUAAAAAAGAUGCAAUAAAUUUAUUAAACGUAUUUUUUGAUUUU